CCGAGGUGGACAGCUUUAAAAUGCCUGUGAGCCCACUGAGCACAAACCUGCUUCAUCCCCUUCCAGGGCUGGGUCUCCUCUGCCUGAGCAGCCAUUCUGGGAAGAUGUCACCAGUCCUGAUUCUCCUGACCUUUCUCCUGCCACUUGGAGCUGGUGCAGAGGAGAUCAUUGGAGGCAAGGAGGUCACACCCCACUCGCGCCCCUACAUGGCACAUGUUACAUUUCUGAGAGAUAAUGGGAAGAAAAAGUUCUGUGGAGGCUUCCUGGUUCGAGACGACUUCGUGCUGACAGCUGCUCACUGCAGGGGAAGCUCAAUGACAGUCACACUGGGGGCCCACAACAUCAAAGAACAGGAGAAGACCCAGCAGGUCAUCCCUGUGAAAGAAUCCAUUCCCCACCCGGACUAUAAUCCUAAAGGCCGCUCCAAUGACAUCAUGCUCUUAAAGCUGACGAGUAAGGCCAAGAGGACUAGAGCUGUGAAGCCCCUCAACCUGCCCAGGCGAAAUGCCCUUGUGAAGCCCCAGGAUAUGUGCUAUGUGGCUGGCUGGGGAAAGGUCACUGCAGAGGGGGAAUUCCCAACCACACUGCAAGAGGUCCAGCUGACCAUACAGAAGGAUCAGGUGUGUGAGUCCCAGUUUCGAGGAUCUUACGACAAAGCCAAUGAGAUAUGUGUGGGGGACCCAAAGAUCAACGGCGCUUUUGUUGAGGAGGAUUCCGGAGGUCCUCUAGUGUGUAAAAAAGCUGCUGCAGGCAUCCUCUCCAAUGGGAAAAAAGAUGGUUCAGCUCCACAGGUCUUCACCAGAGUCUCAAGUUUCCUAUCCUGGAUAAAGAAGACGAUGAAACACAGCUAGCUACAAGAAGCAGACUGGCUCUCUUUCUGCCUAGCCAUCUUCCCUACAGCUGAGUCCUGGAUUGCUCUAGGACAGAUGCCAGCAACUUAAUAAAGGUCUUUG